AUGAGUGAGCCUCCGGAUAGGGGCAAACAUUCUGGCCAAUUGUUUUUUAACACUGAUGCAACAAAAACGCUUAAAUACUAUUCCCAAGGCCCAAAAUACAUGGUGAUGUCAAGAAUUAAUAGUAACGACUCCCUAAUGAACGUCUCUCCUUUCCUUAUAAAAAAAGUCAUUGACAACGUAUGUGGGAGCGAAAUUGAAAAUUGUAAAAAACUGCGCAACGGGACUCUUUUAAUUAAAACUAAAACAGUCACGCAAGCCGCAAAUUUAAUCAAACUUACAUCACUUAACAACUUUAUUGAAGUUAAUGUCACUGAACAUAAUUCGCUUAACUGCUCUAAAGGAGUCUUCUAUUCAAACGAUCUUAGAGAAAUACCGGAGGAAGAAAUUCUUGCAGAAUUAAAGCACCAAAAUAUCAUCGAGUUAAAAAAAAUUUUAAAGAAAGUCAACGAAGAACUCAAAGAAACUGGUUUAAUCAUUGCUACGUUUGCAUCUCCUACCUUACCAGAUGAGAUCAAAAUUGGCUAUCAAAUAGUUCAUAUCCGUCCUUACAUCCCUCUUCCACUCCGUUGCCGGAACUGCACACGUCUUGGGCACACAGCCACACAUUGUAAAAACUCUAAAUUAUGCGUUAACUGCGGACUUGCUGACUAUAAUUGUUCAAAAACUAAUGAAAAAUGCCUAAACGAAGUAACAUGUAUAAACUGCAAGGAAAACUUGGUCUCCGAUUACAAACAUAGCGCUAUUAAUCGAAUAUGCCCUACUUUUAUAAAACAUAAAGAAAUACAAGCCAUCAUUACACUCCAAAAGACGGACAGAAAAACAGCGCACAAAAUAUACACUGAACGCCACCAAAACGGGAAUACUUCAUAUGCAGCUACCAUACAAGUAACCAACGACAAUAACGCCAAUACAAAAAAUGAUAUAAAUACUAUCACCAAAGACUUAUCACCACAACCCAGCAGCUCCAGACAUCUGAUAUCCUAUAAAGAUAUUGUUCACACCACAUCAACGGCUAACAUAAUAAGUAAAAUAAAUCCAAUAAUUUCAAAUAUAACUAGUGAAACCAACACCACUGCUAACCUUUCACAUUUAUCGCACAUAACUCCUGAUAAUAAAGUUAAAAUUUUUCCUACGUCUAUAUCUAACCGUCUAAAGACACAACUAAAAGCUAAGUCAAAAAAAAAUAAUAAAUUGAAAUCAGAUAUCAUAGUAAAAAAAGACAACACCAGUGUACGCCCUAAUUCAGAAAGCGUUAAGGACCCAUCUAUGGACUUCAACUAA